CUUAUCUCUGGGAGAAAAACAGAGGAUGUGAAGAAAAGAACAGGAAAUUGGGUGGAUUGGAAUGGCAUUCUCUUCUUCAUCUGCUGCUUCUGUAACUCUGUCUCGGAAUUCAUUGUCAUGUCUCAAUUCUACAUUUCCUUAUCAUCAGAACAAACUGAGAAUGAUUACUGAAACAUCUUGGAAAUCGUCGUCAUCAUCAUUGAUUAUUAGAGCAGUAGCAGAUUCUGCUGAGGCUGACAAGCAAAAGACUGCUUCUACUACUUCUACUCAGACGCCGAAGGUUAAGCCAUUACCAAAGAAGCCUGUUUAUUCUAUGAAGAAAGGUCAAAUCGUUAGGGUUGUCAAGGAAAAGUAUCUCAAUAGUAUCAAUUACUUGUCAGUUGGACAUCCAACGUAUUACACAGGCUUAGAUUACAUUUAUGAAGACCGUGGCGAGGUUUUGGACUUGCGACUAUUCGACACGGAAGAGUAUGCUCUUAUUGCUUGGGUUGGGAUCCCAACUGCACCAGCUUGGCUUCCUACAGACAUGCUCAUCAAGUCGGAUAAGCUUGAUUAUGAGAGAAUGUAAAAGAAUAUUGAGCUCGGAAUGCUGGAUCCACGCAUGAGUUCUCUUUGAUCAAUUUAUUAUGCCAGAGAGUUUGCAGUAUUUGCGUAAGUUCACAUUGCUGUAGUAGACUAAACAAAUUUACAGUAUGUUUUAUAUGUACUAAAAGUCAGUGCUAUUUCAUGAAAGAGCUUAUGUAUAUAAUGUUAAAUCAUACUGUAUUUCAUUGCAUUGUUCGGGAUAUCUAAGUGCUCAAUUACCUACA